AUGGCUACGUUUUCAAAACGUAAAGCUCGGAUUUUAAAGAAGAUGAACGAGAUCACUACACUAUUCAAUGUGGAAGCAUCUUUCUUGGUUUUCCCUGAAGCCGGAAAGCAUCAUUCAUUCGCACAUCCGUCUAUGGAAGAUGCUUUUGGUCGAGUAAAGAGAUCUUUGGGACAUGAACCGUCUGGGAAAGACGAUACCAAUAUUGGAUCACUAAUGGAGGAUUAUAAGAAGCAACAUAAUGAGGAGAUCAAUAAAAAAUGGUAUGAUCUCGCUGAGGAGCUAAUGAUGGCGGAGGAGAAGGAAAAGGAACUUCAAGAAUCAAAAAGUGAGUGGUCCAAUAUUGUAAAUGAAGGUGUGAGCGUGGAUGAGUUGAAGCGGGCACACCAAGCAUUUGUUGAGUUAAAUAAAAGAGUAUCAGCUAAGGCUUUACAAUGGUCGGGAAAAGAUGGUGAUGGUUCGUCUUCUGCUCUUGGAGAACAUGGUCAUUGUAAUGGUGGCGAAGCAAGAGCGGGUGAACAAACUUGA